UCUCACGACAAAGCAAAGACAAAGGAAGCUUGAUAUUAAUGUGCAAAACUUUGUGAAACUAUUUUGAUAUAAACAAUAAGUGAUUCAUAGCAUACGUCUCGCUGCGGAAAACUGUAAUAAAAAAAAAUUGGAACUUGAAAAGUAGAUAUAAAACAAAAAACAGGCAAUAGAUAAAUAUGUAGUAAUAGCAUAAAAGUGAAAAGAAAGAAAGAUCGAACGAAAGAAAAAAAAUCUUAGAAAUAACAAAUAGAAAAUCACUGUGAAGAAGAAGAAGAAAGAUAUCAACUUUCAACAUUCACAACAUUAGUGAAAGGCACCAUACACAUCCUACCAUACCAUGGAACACCAUACCACCAUGGCAGAAACCUUUCCCUGACACUCAUACACUAGAAAAUAAUAAUAAUAAUAUCUAAAUAAUAAAAGGAAUGUUCAUCACCCAUUUUUCGACACCACCAAACACACGUAACCAACCCAACCAAAAUUUCCCGCAAAGGGACAACCACUUAACCCAAAAAAGAAGGAAGUGAGAAAGACAUAACUAUUUUCAUAGCAAGAAAGAGAAAACAUACCAUCGAACGAAAGAGAAACAACCAUUAAUUAAGAAAGGCAACUCCCCCUCGAAAAAAAAAGUUCAAAAUUCGGAGCUUAGUGACGCCAAAGGCCAAAGAACUGUUUUGAGAUGAUGACGUCACCAUGGCUACCGAGUGGGAACAGAUGAGAGAACAACUGAUGACUCCCAACACGCAGCGAUUGCAGCGUCUAGCCGGGUUGAUGGACCUAAUGGAAUCCAUGUCCGAAUCCCUGCUCAACACUCAGUCUGGCUUUACCUGUCCUACGUGUAAAGUGACUUUGGAACCAGCUGCCGGCCGCCUCCGUCAGAUCUGCCCCUACUGCGGGAGUUUCUACAACAUGGGAGCCAACACAGAUGUCAGGCUACGCCGUGGCCGUGACAUACGGGUGGAAUUACCUCAUAUCGACGUGGAAAACCGCUCACGUUUCGGUGGUUUCGGAAACUUCAUGAUCAGCCGACUCAGUGGCCUCCACCUGCACGACAACAGCAACGGCAACAACAACAACAUCAACAGCAACAACCAGAACAACAACAACAACAACAACAACAACAACAGCGGCAGAGAGGACCUGACUUCCAGCCACUCCGUCAAUUCCGGGCUGCUGUCUGCCAUCAACGACUCGUCCGCGUUCAGGGUCGGGUCGGGGAGUUCCCUACCACCCAUACGAAGACAGGAGGUAGACAGCCGGAGGGGCAGCGUAUCCUCCAGGAAGGGCUCGGCUACCCUCAGAUCGGCCAGGAGUGAGGAGAGGCUGCCCCUUCGUCAGGAUUCGCCGAGUACCAGCCAGAGACCCGUGUAUCCUGCGCGAACGACAAGACGGGAGGAUUUCAUGCAAGAAGUGAAAAAAUCGAAGGAAACGAAAAAUUACACCGAAAUGAAGAAAUUCUACUUUGAGACUUUCGAAUCCUACGCCAGCAUAUGCGCCACGUUCAAGCGAGACCCAGACUUCGACGGCGCACGCGCUGACGACCCUGGCCUCAAGAUGGAACUGGUCUACACUGUUCAUGAUUCUGUGCAUGAGAUGCCUUCAGUAGUCCACAAACACUUCCUGAAGGCGGUCAUCAACGCCCUUCUGCAGGAGCGACCCCACCUCUUCAGCAAGGACAGGGUGAGGGCGCUCUUCAUACUCCUGCAGACGCCUGUGUUCCUGACGCAGUCCUCGUACACGGUCCUUGCUCACGUCCUCAGGAAUAUCACGUCGCUGUCCAAUGGCGACCACCAGCUCCUCGUCAACUGGUUCAGGACCCUGGAGGUGCCCCGACUCCGGAUGAUCGUGGGCUUCGUCAUCCAGUUCAUCACCGUCAGGCAGUUCCCUCCGCCUGACCGCUCGCUGCCGCCCCUGAGCAAAAGCAAGUGGUGGAUUCCGACCGCCACGAAGGUCCUGGCCAUCAUUUACGCCAGCAACACGUCCUCUCACCCUCCUCUCCUGCACUACACUGAGUUCUACAAUCACGCCCUGGACCAUCUCGACCUCAUGACGGAGUACAGGACGUGGCAGCUGCCGGAGAAACCUGAUUCCUUCUCGUACUGCCAGUACCCCUUCAUACUGUCCAUCGUGGCCAAGAGGCAUAUUCUGACCAAGGACGCGGAACAGCAGAUGAUCCUGACAGCACGCAGGUCACUGGUUGCAAAAGUGGCACGUCACCAGCCGCCUCAGAUUGACAUUUUUUUCCUCAACAUCAACGUCAGGAGGAACUGCCUGGUGGAGGACUCUCUGAAGGAGAUCGCAACCAAGAAGCGGGACUUGAAGAAAAAACUCAAGGUGACCUUCGAGGGCGAGCCUGGCCUUGACAUGGGCGGCCUGACCAAGGAGUGGUUCCUCCUUCUCAUCAAACAGAUCUUCAAGCCCGAGAACAAGAUGUUUGUGUACCACCCGUCAAAAAGGCUCUACUGGUUCUCAAUGGGCCAACAAGGGAGCCUAAGAGAGUACAACCUUAUCGGCGUGUUAAUGGGAUUGGCUGUGUACAACUCCAUUAUUCUUGACAUCCGCUUUCCCUCCAUUUGUUUCAGGAAGUUGCUGAGUCCUCCUGUGGUUCCAGCCUACGAACACAUGGCAGUGGGUAUUGCAAAGGAGCCGAGUUUGGACGACCUGAGUGAAAUCAUGCCGGAAGUCGCCCACGGCCUCCGAGAGCUCUUGCGAUACGAAGGAGACGUCGAGGAUGACAUGUGUCUCAGCUUUCAGGUUUCCCUCGAAGAAUAUGGCCAACCGAAGACUUUCAACCUCAAGGAAAACGGGGAGACGCUGCCGGUGACUAACGAAAACAGAGAAGAAUUCGUGACGCUUUAUCUGGAUUGGAUCCUCAACACGGCCAUCUACGAGCAGUUCAGAGCCUUUUAUUUGGGAUUCCAUACUGUCUGCGCCUCGAAUGCCUUGAUCAUGCUGCGCCCAGAGGAAGUCGAGAUGUUAGUCUGUGGAACGCAGACCAUUGACCUUAACGAGCUUAGAAAGGUCACAGAGUACGAUGGUUAUAGCCCUGAAUACCCUACGAUAAGGUGGUUCUGGGAAGUUAUCAACGAAAUGACCAUCGCGCAGCAGAAGAGGUUCCUCCUCUUCACCACCGGGAGUGACCGAAUUCCCGUAGGUGGCAUGGGAGAGAUGUCCUUCAAGGUAUCGUGCUGGCGAGGACACACGCACAUGCUCCCCCAGGCCCACACGUGCUUCAAUCAGCUGGUCCUUCCGCCGUACACUGACAAGGCUACACUGAGGAACAAGCUGUUCAUUGCCCUGGAUAAUGCUGAGGGGUUCGGGCUGGAGUGAAGGGGUGAGGGAAGAGGAGAAGGAGGAAGGAGAGAGGGGGAGGUGAAGGAGAAGAAGGAGAGGGAUGGAAGAGAAGGAGAGAGAGGGAGGUG